CCUCAGUGUUACCAGAGGUUUCGUUCGCUCUUUCAUCUCUACUACUGCCUACUUUUUGGAAUCUAGCUAGUAUUCAUCUGAGAUUUCUCUUGGCAUAAAGAUCAAUUCUUCAGAACGUUCCCGAAAGUAUAUUUAGUGCGGUGUCUUGCGCUGAAAUACUUCGAGCGCGUGCCAGCAUUGCAGACAGCAUAAGAAAGCACAUCCUAAAUGAUUAAUGGUAGCUCAUCACCGGGCUCGCCAAGCCUGCGGGAGCCUGAGGUCAACGCCUACGGAGAUCACGAAAUCCUGGGUUCAGAGGCAGGCUACUUGGACCCUGUGUACUCCACCAUGGUCAACACGUACUAUGAGGUCUGGGAGGACUUCUAUGCGUGGAACGAACUGGACAGUCUGGGACACCUGGAGUCACUAGCCGCGCCCUCAGACCUGAUCGCCACCAGAGUUUUUGACUUUGGCUUUGAGCUGGACUCCGAUGGCGCAGCCGCUGACGAUGAGGACAGCCGGAAGGGUGAAUCUGUCGACCUUUUCACUGUCUGUGAGUGGGACGCGAUAGGCCAGCUCACAAAGCACACUACACCUGUGAAGUCUGGCACUGCUGGCAGGCGGCACACCCGCAAGCACAAUGCGUGGUUCCAGGAGCAUGCACGCUACGAGGCGUGUACACCCUCAAACAUGUCCAUCUUUGUUGACAUUGACGAUAAACUUGCCACUUGCCCUUACAUCAAGUAUGGCGAUAGUCCUGAGUUCGACGCUAGACGAUACCUUCAACAGUUCAAGGUUGUUUCGUGGCAGGAACCUGGACGAGAUCCGGAUCAGACUGUGAUUGCGGCCACGACCAUCCAGCGACUGACCUCUUCGGCCAAGAACGCCAAUGCAUCUGGCCUUCGGAUUUCCUGGAAUGAUAUUGAUGCUUUUCGGAUCUUCCCAUAUGAUGCCUCUACUAUUUUUCACCAGAUAAAGCACACGGACCUGCCCUCCUGGCCAUCACCGAGCUUUGUGGACCAGCUUAAGCCUUUAUGGCACUCAAGCCAUGAAAUAUCCACUGCGGGACGACUCACGGGCAUCCUCUCCUCAUUCUGUCCCAGACUAGGUUGUAUACAGUUCGAGUGCUUUAAUGAUCCAUAUCCAACUGGCUGGGUUGCCGGACGUACGGAAACCAGCGGACUAGACAAUGAGACAUUCAAAGCUAAUUACAUAUCUCGCACACCAUGUGGUCAAGACUGUUUCCUUUCCAGAGCUGCAGAUGAUGCACUAGUAGUAUGGGAUACGAAUGAGACUUCACAUCUACUAGAUGAGAUGCUUGUUACAAACCCACACGCUCUCCCCUGCGACAUUGCACAAAUUCUACUUGGCGAAGUUCCAUGCUAUAAGAUAUUCGUCCGACGCGGAGAGAAAAUCAGCACUGUCUCGUUGGCUGAGAAUAGGCCUAAGCCUGUUCCACCUGCUUGGAGUAGCACGGAUACCCUCCGUCAUUACGUCCUCACUGACGCUUGCAUUUCUAGAAGACCUUGGAGAAAUUGAACAAUAUACAAUGUAAGUCUGUUUGUCCGCAAUCAAGUCGA